UCCGUCCCCGAGCGCGUCCCUCAGAUGAUGUCCUGACCUUUAUCUCCAAACCAACUCCACAAAAGAGUCACCGAAGCGCCAUGGAGCAGAAAGAGUCUCUGGCGCUGCAGAAGCUGAGCUCCUUCAGCAUCACGAGUCUCCUGCUGCCCGGUAAAAGCGGCACACCGGCGGACAGCAGCCCGGUGACCGACCCGCCGUCUGAAGAGCGCAGCUCAGAGAAAGCCAAAGACGCAGAAGACGCCGGGAAACCCGUCAAACUCGACAAACCUCCGUUCAGCUACAACGCGCUGAUCAUGAUGGCGAUCCGACAGAGCCCGGAGAAGAGGCUGACGCUUAACGGGAUCUACGAGUUCAUCAUGAAGAACUUUCCGUUUUACCGGGAGCACAAGCAGGGCUGGCAGAACUCCAUUCGGCACAAUUUGAGUCUGAAUAAAUGUUUCGUUAAAGUGCCACGGCAUUACGACGACCCCGGGAAAGGGAACUACUGGAUGCUGGACCCGUCGAGCGACGAUGUCUUUAUCGGAGGAACCACCGGGAAACUCCGCCGACGCUCGGCGACAUCCCGCGGGAAACUGGCGAUCAAACGCGGACUCCGGUUUUCUCCUCUGGGGUUGCAUGGAAUAACGGAAACGGCGAACAAUCCUCUAUACUGGCAGUUAUCUCCUUUAUUAUCUUUACACCAUCAUCAUCAUCAUCCGCAUUAUAACGGGACGUCGCACGGAUUUCUAAAUCAGGCUCACGGUUACGGUUCUUUCGUCCACGGAGUCGAGCACCUGGGCAGCCGGGAAGCCCCGCGGGCCGUUCUCGGGGGAUCCAGCGGUGCUCUCGGUCUGUCGAACGGUUACGGGAUGAGUUCGUCUCCCGUUGGUUUGUUAUCAGUGCCGUCGGGACUCUUACCCGCGCCGGGGCUGCAGGGCGCGCUCGGGGCCCCGCAGAGCCUCCGGACAGCGCUCGGGCCCUUCACACCCACCGGGGCCGCCGCUUUACCAGCUCUGGCCCACCACGACAGACUCUCGCCAGAUUCAUUGUAAACUCGUGGCGGAAGUUGGUGAUGAGGAGAGCCCAGAGCUCAGCUGAUGAGCAGCUCCUACAGCUCUGCGCGCAGCGGCCGGUGGAGUGUGUCCAGUACAGGGGUUGUUCACUCAAAAAUGAGAAUAUACUCACUAUUUACCCUCCCUCAGCGCGGUCAAAGAUUGUGUUGGUUUACUCUUCUGUUGAACACUAAAUAAGAGAUUUUUAAAGGUGAAACCCAUCUCUGACUUCCAUAAACACCCUGCAGGAAUACUCUAGAGCUCAUUACAGCUUUCAGCUUUCAGCUUCUCAUCCAGUGUCCAACAGAAGAAGAUCUGAUCCAGGUCUGAAGCGCGCAGAGGCGGAAUACAUGCUCACAACUCAACACAGUGUACAGGACACACACACACACACACACACACACACUACACAUUUAACGGCAUCCAGAAUGUUUUAACACAAAGUUGGGUGUUUUUUGGUUUCCAUUAAAUGUUAAAUUACUAACCCAAAACCCGGGUUUUCCAUAUGACCCAACAUUCGGUUAUUAGGACAACCCAGGAGCACACAUUAUUUAUGUAGAUUUAUGUUUCUGUAUGAGGAGGAAUUAAUUUAUGCUUUAUCUGUGUCUGUUAUUAUCCAUGAUCAGCAGCAGUCUGGCUGGAAAUAUUGCGGUAACCGCAUGGAAAACAGUCAUUUAUAGUAAAUAAUGGUGUUUUUGAACCAUGUAGAGAGUAAACUGUAUAUAGCAGCACUGUUUAUAUUACAUAUGUCCAAACUAAGCAGUAGCUGAUGUGAAUAUUGUACACACACUUUAUUACAGUGUGUAUGUGGUAAUAUGCCCUAUAGUUUAUCAUAGUAUUAUUUGUUUAUAUUAUUGAUGUAUUACUUUACCAAUUUUGGUUCAAAAACAAUAAACCAUUUACUAUAAAUUGCUCCAGAGUGUUAUGUGGUGAACUCCACUAUAAAUAUAAGAGAGAGAGAGAAUGUUUAUUAGUUUAUUUGAUUUUUCUCAGGUUUCAUAAAGAGUGUGCAGACCCUUGCAGAUGCUGCAUUAUGGGAAGAUUAUGGUGUGUGUGUGUGUGUGUGUGUGUGUGUGUGUGUGUGUGUGUAUGAUGUGUUCAGCAGGUCAUUGGUGAUGCCAUCAUGCACAGAAACAUCAUGGCGGCUCUGAUGUUUUAUUUUCGUCUUUUCAUUAAAUGAGGGAACGCCGGAUUAUUGAGAGACUCGCAGCAGUUCACUCAUGCAGGCCCACAUUUACACACAAUUUACGAAACAUUCGGUGCCAAGAACAGCCCACAAAACAAACGGAUUAGCUUAAAGUCAAUCAUUCGGGGUGGCGUGAAAUAACACUCUUAUGAAGGAGUAAUAAAGCAGGGAAGGACUGGGCAGACUGAAGCUCUUCUGCUGCUCGGUUCAGCAUCUCAGGCUGCUCUGAGGCCGCUAAACAACUGCAGAUCCGCACAUCACUAUGCCACAUUCAGCUGUUGUUGUUGUAGUAAAGUUCUGCACUUUUAACAGGAGGAGAAGCUGCAUGCUUCACUGAGAGAAAACCCUUUAUAUUUACAACAUUAAACACUUUAUAAAGGAUCUUUGUUUGGUCAGUGUGAAGCUGAGAUGUGUGUUAGGAGCAUAUUUAAUUAAAGUGGAGAAAAGUAGCUGCAGCACAGGAUCAUUCCAGUGUUUUCUUUAUGUUGUGCAUUUGGGUUGUGUGUGUGCUGGUUCAACAAUAAAUUAAUCUUGGUUUACAAA